AAAACUAAGACACAGAUUCCGAAAACAAAAGAAAAAAAUGUUGGCGCUUCCGUUGAGUGCAGUUUUUCCAGCAGGGAAGCGAAGUUCUCCAGCCCUUCCAAUUUGUAAGGCAGUUUUAAGUGAAAAUAAAAGUGCAGUUGGAGUUGGAGAAGGGAUGAUGCCGAAACACGUGGGUAUUAUAAUGGACGGAAGCGGAAGGUGGGCCCAACAUAGGAACUUGCCGGUCCGAGAUGGCCACAAAGCCAGUUCACAGAAUCUCACAGGCUUCAUUUCCACCUGCUGUGAGCUCCAAAUCAAGACUCUAACAAUCUUCUCUUUCUCCAACGAGAAUUGGAAACGAUCACAAAUGGAAGUUGACAUCCUGAUGAGAGCAAUUGAAGAUUACAUACAGACACAUUUGAUGAACCUGAUAGAAAGAUAUGAUAUACAAUUUUCCGCGAUUGGGAACAAAUUAAGACUGCCAAAAUCUCUUCAAAAUACAAUAUAUUGGGCCGAAGAAAUAAGCAAAGGUAACAAAGGAAUGAACGUGGUCAUGGCGGCAAGCUACAGCGGUCGCGACGACAUCGUAGAGGCAACCAAAAAGAUCGCGUCCAAAGUAAAACUUGGAAUUGUACAAACCAUAGACAUCGACGAAACUAUGUUUGAACAAGAACUGAUGACCAACUUCUUAGAAUUCCCAAACCCAGAUUUACUAAUAAGGACAAGCGGGGAGCUCAGAAUUAGCAACUUCCUUUUGUGGCAGUUGGCCUAUACAGAAUUCUACUUCGCAGAUAAAUGCUUUCCUGAUUUUAGUGAAGAUGAUCUUUGUGAAGCGCUUGCUUCUUACCAGCGCCGGCAGAGACGCUACGGUGAGCGGAGGAACUAAUUUCGAUGUGAUUUUAAUAAUAUAUAUAUAGAGUUCUUGUAUGUUUGAAUGCACCAACACAAUAAAUUCGUACUAAAUAAAUUUUAAUUAUAAUCAAUAAA